GGGGCCGACGUAGAUGCUACCAGGGUGUUCCCACUCCUGCGGCUCGCCGUUAGUCUGCGUUCGUCGUCUGGAGCGACAGGUGGUUCGGAGGCCGCCGCUGGAGACCAGGUACCUGCACGCAGGGAAUGAACGGCAGAAGCUGAGGCUGCAAGCUUGAUAAGAAUGGAUGUCAAUUUUAGCUUGGAGGAGGGCGGCGAGGCGUCGUACGGAGAGUCCACGUUUCCUUCGCCGGGGAUGAUGUCGCCUGUUGGUUACAGCGAAAUCUACGACCCAGACUUGAGGGCACAGGUGGAUCUGGAAUGCGAGGCUCCGACGAAGGUUCAGGUCUUGCCCAUCGACUCGGGAGCGUUCCUGAACCUGAACACCAACGCCACCACCCGAGGAGACGCCCAGGCCUACGUGGAGCUGAACCAGCUGCUGGGAACCACCUGGCAGCAGACGGCGCGCUGGGCGGGCUACGAGGAGAACCUCAACACCAACACUGGAGAGUGGAGCCCGUCCCACGUGUCCUACCUCACCUUCAAGAGUCUGAUCCAGCUGCGGAAGGUCAUGAGCACAGGCGCCGUCAUCUUGGACCUGAAUGCAAGCAGCCUAUCAGCAGUGGCGGAGAAAGUGGUGGACGGGCUUCUGGACAAGGGCGAGAUCCGACCCAGUGACCGGGACAAUCUGCUCAGAGCCUUGCUCAUGAGACGCAGUCAGUCUGCAGGACCUGUGGUGACAGCGUCUGGAGACAUCGAGAUGCAGAUGUUCUCCGUCAGCAAGAAGAGAGACGGCGCAGACAACAUCGAGGGUUCUGUCGUUCUCUCAGGGGUCCUGGACUUGCUGGAGAAGCCCGUGGUGGCGUUUGUGAGGCUGACCGACUCCACGGUGAUGGAGUCCGUCCUGGAAAGCCCGGUGCCGGUGCGCUUUUUCUUCAUCCUGGUGGGACCCGGCGACAGCGGGAUCGACUACUCGGAGAGCGGGCGAGCCAUGGGGGCGCUGAUGGCCGACUGGGUUUUCUGUCUGGAGGCGUAUUUGGCUGAGACGGAGAAGGACCUGACCAACGCCAUCGCCGACUUCAUGGACUGCAGCAUCGUGAUCCCACCCACUGAGAUCCAGGAGCAGGGAAUGCUGCAGCCACUCAUCAGCUUCCAGAAGAAGAUGCUGCAGGACAGACUCCGCCCGAGUGACACCCGGCUGGCCUUUGGGGACCGGGUCAAAGUUGAGAAGGCGCGGGAGCCGCCGCGCGAGGAUCCGCUGGCUCGCACUGGAUAUCCCUUCGGCGGCAUGAUCAACGACAUCAAGCGGCGAUACCGCCACUACAUCAGCGACUACGUCGACGCCGCCAACCCCCAAGUGCUCGCCGCCAUCAUCUUCAUCUACUUUGCCGCGCUGUCGCCGGCCAUCACCUUCGGAGGCCUCCUCGCUGACAAGACGGAGAGGAUGAUGGGCGUGUCCGAGCUGAUGGUGUCCACCAGCAUCCAGGGCGUGAUCUUCUGCCUCAUUGCCGCUCAGCCCGUCCUGGUCAUCGGCUUCUCUGGACCUCUGCUGGUGUUUGAGGAGGCUUUCUACUCUUUCUGCAAGGAUCAGGGCAUCGAGUACAUCGUGGGGCGCAUCUGGGUGGGGAUGUGGCUCAUCGUGAUCGUGUUCAUCAUCGUGGCGGUGGAAGGGAGCUUCCUGGUCCGAUUCAUCUCCCGCUUCACCCAGGAGAUCUUCUCCAUCCUCAUCUCGCUCAUCUUCAUCUACGAGACCUUCAACAAGCUCAUCAAGAUCUUCAAAGCCCACCCUCUCAUUCUGAACUACGACCACUUGAACGACACGGCAGAAAACCCCUUCCACCCGGUGAUAAAGGAGCACAUGGAGAUCCACCCGGACGGCAACGUCACCAUCAGGGAGAUGGAGGUGGAGCGCGCCUACCCCAACACGGCGCUGCUCUCCAUGUGUCUGAUGUUCGGCUGUUUCUUCAUCGCUUUCUUCCUGCGCAAGUUCAAGAAUGGCCAGUUCCUCCCCGGCUGGCUGCGCCGCCUGAUCGGAGACUUCGGCGUCCCCAUCGCCAUCUUCUUCAUGAUCGCCGUGGACAUCAACAUCGACGACGCGUACACUCAGAAACUGGUCGUGCCGAAAGGAAUCCAGGUGACCAACCCAAAAGUGAGAGGCUGGUUCAUCAACCCCAUGGGAGAGAAGAAGGACUUCCCCGUCUGGAUGAUGGCCGCCAGCUGCGUUCCGGCGCUGCUGGUCUUCAUCCUCAUCUUCCUGGAGUCCCAGAUCACCACGCUGAUUGUGAGCAAACCCGAGAGGAAGAUGAUGAAGGGCUCUGGCUUCCACUUCGACCUGCUUCUCCUCGUCACCAUGGGGGGCAUCUCUUCUAUUUUCGGGGUCCCCUGGCUGAGCGCUGCCACCGUGCGGUCCGUCACUCACGCCAACGCGCUGACCGUCAUGUCCAAGGGGCCCAAACCAGAGAUCGAGAAGGUGCUGGAGCAAAGGAUCAGCGGGAUCUUUGUCGCCAUCCUCGUCGGCGCGUCCAUUUUCAUGGAGCCGGUCCUGAAGAUGAUUCCCAUGACGGCCUUGUUCGGAAUCUUCCUCUACAUGGGCAUCACGUCGCUGAGCGGAGUCCAGAUGUGGGACAGGAUGCUGCUGCUCAUCACGCCCAAGAAGUACCACCCGUCUGACGCCUACGCCACCCUGGUGAGCACCAUGCGGAUGCACCUCUUCACCCUGAUCCAGCUGAUCUGCCUGGCCGUGCUGUGGUGGGUGAAGAUGAGCGACUUCUCUCUGGCGCUGCCUUUCGUCCUCAUCCUCACCGUGCCCCUGCGCAUGGCCCUGACCGGGAGGGUCUUCACAGUCAAGGAGAUGAAAUGCCUGGAUGCCGACGACGCCAAGGUGACGUUCGAAGAAGAACCAGAUGAGGACGUCUACAACGAGUCUCCGCUGCCUUGAUCCCCUUCGAAGAGUCGCCCCAAUAUUAUAUAUAUAUUAAUAUUCUGAAGUUCAACUUUGGAAAUUUUAUCUUUGAAUUUGAAGCCGAGUGCAUGUUCUUCAUUAGCAGCCAGCUUGUUGUGAGUGAUGAUCCCAGCAGGUGCAGCAUUGUUCUGCACAUUUAUUCCAACGUAUUGAUCUCGAUCUUUAAUCUUUAGCUUCUUUCAACUCGCUGAUGCCGUUUACUCUUACAUAGGUUGUGUUUCAGUCAGCGUUGUGUCUCAACCAACCAUGAAUUACUUUGAUCCAAAUAUCCACGUUUAACUCUGUUUACGUGUGUGUGUGUGCUUCACCACUGUACAUGCUGAGAUUUAAUAAUUAAAAAACUAUAAACCCCAA